AUCUAGACUGGCCAGAUGCUGCCCUGAGAGGGGACGCAAGACACCAGCGGGGCUUGGGGACCAUGGGGCAGGGGCUUGGCACGGGGUCCCUGGCCUCUGCACCCUGAUAGCUCCAAGCCAGAGGGUGCAGGACCAGCUACUAGCGUUGGAGGGAGGAGGGGCCGAGCCGCCUGAGCCAGGACAGUGGGAGGGUGGGAGAGGACCAGGACCCAGAGCCCUCCCAGUCCCCCAGGUAGGGGCCACUGGCUGCACUCAGGCCUUGACCUCAGCUGACUCUGAGAGCCCACAUGGGAUGCAGGGUCUAAUUUAAGCACCAGCUGCAGGGCCUACAGCCCAGGAGUGCCUGCCAGUGGGCACAGGUGUGGCCAGGCUGCUCUGGGGCUGCUCAGGCAGGGGGAGGAUAGGGGAGACCAGCCCUGCUUCCACCCAGCCCUGCACCCCAGCCAAGCCGCCUCCUGUGGGAACCCUCAUGGGUCCCCCAUGGCCUGGCAGACGGCCCUCCUCUCCGUUGAGGCCAAGGUCAGGGGGUGCAGCCAGGAGGGCAGAAGGACACUGCCUUGCAGUCUGGACAGGGGUUGCAUCAGCCUGAGCAGCGCCAGGGGAAGGGGGCCCUGCUGGGAGGGCAAAGGCUGGCUUGGUUGUCCAAAGGCCGAGGAAGCAGAGUCCUGACCGCAGGAAGGCAGGGCCAGAGAGCUGGGUCCUACCUGGCCUCCCGGUGCCUGGCCUGUGACUUGCUGUUUGAUCUUACACAGGCAGCCUGCCCUCGAUGGGCCUCAGUCUUCCCAUCUGUAUGAUGAGGGUGCUGACCUAGAAGGUGGAUCCCAGUCCCAGAGGCCUACACUCAGGCCCCCGCUCCUCCUGCUUCCUGCAGCCCUGGCUGUGGGUGGCCACAUGCAGUCGUGGAGACGGAAGUCCCUCUGGCUGGCACUGUUGGCCUCCUGGCUCCUCGUCCUGCUGGGACUCUUCCCCCUUCUCCGCCUGGCAGUGCCCACCAGCCCCCGGGCAGGAGCCCCCCGAGGCUGGCCCCGCUGGCUGGACGCAGAGCUCCUGCAGAGUUUCGCCAAGCCUGGGGAGCUCCUGGAAGAUGGCCCUCGACCUCCUCAAGCCCUCCGUGGCGGCAGCUGCAACUGGGGAGCUUGCUUUGACACCUCGAAAUGCAGAGGCGGUGGCCUCAAGGUAUUCGUGUACCCAGCGGCUGGACCCGUCUCUGAGACUCGCCGCAGGAUCCUGGCUUCCGUCGAGGGCUCCCGCUACCACACGCUCAGCGCUGCUGAGGCCUGCCUCCUCCUCCUCCUCAGCCCGGACACCUCCACUGGAGAGUGCGACCCGGUGCCCCCGCAGUGGGAUGGGGGCAGGAACCACCUGGUCCUCAGUCUCCACCCAGCCCCUUGCCCCCGGACCUUCCAGCUGGGACAGGCGAUGGUGGCCGAGGCCAGUCCCACAGUGGACACCUUUCGGCCCGGCUUUGACGUGGCCCUCCCGCUUCUCCCUGAAGCCCACCCGUUGCGAGGUGGAGCACCUGGCCAGCUGCGGCAACACAGCCCCCGGCCCGGGGUGGCCCUGCUAGCCCUGGCAGAGGACGGGGGCAGGUGGCACGUGGCAGGCACCGACUUCUCUGCCUGCCCCUGGGAUGGGCGCUGUGAACAGGACCGUGGACCCAAGCAGACCCACCCUGGGGCAACGCUACCUAACGCCACCUUCUGCCUCAUCCCUGGCCGCAGUCCUGAUGUCUUACACUUCCUUCAAGCCCUGCAGGCUGGCUGCAUCCCUGUGCUUCUCAGCCCUCGCUGGGAGCUGCCCUUCUCUGAGGUCAUCGAUUGGACCAAGGCGGCCAUUGUAGCUGACGAGAGGCUCCCACUUCAGGUCCUGACUGCCCUCCAGGAGAUGCCCCUCACACGGGUCCUUGCCCUGCGUCAGCAGACCCAGUUUCUAUGGGAUGCCUACUUCUCCUCGGUGGAGAAGGUCGUCCAUACCACUCUGGAGAUUAUUCAGGACCGGAUCUUUGGACCCUCUGCUCACCCCUCGCUACUAUGGAACAGGCCCCCAGGGGCAAUCCUGGCCCUGCCCACUUUCUCCCCAAGCCCCUCGGACUUCCCCUUCUACCACCUACAACAGGGCUCUCGUCCUCUGGGCAGGUUCAGCGCCCUGAUUUGGGGGGGGGCUCCAGGCCAGCCCCCCCUGAAGCUCAUCCAGGCUGUGGCAGGCUCCCAGCACUGUGCCCAGAUCUUGGUUCUCUGGAGCAGUGAGAAGCCACCCCCAACCAGGUGGCCCAAGACAGCAGUGCCCUUGACAGUCAUUGAUGGGCACAGGAAGGUCAGUGACCGCUUCUUCCCAUACAGUGCCAUCAGCACCGAUGCCAUCCUCAGCCUGGAUGCCCAUAGCAGUCUUUCCACAAGUGAGGUGGACUUCGCUUUUGUGGUGUGGCAGAGCUUCCCAGAGAGGAUGGUCGGCUUUCUGACGUGGAGCCACUUCUGGGAUGAAGCCCGUGGUGGCUGGGGCUACACUGCCAAGAGGACCAACGAAUUCUCCAUGGUUCUCACCUCGGCUGCCUUCUACCAUAGGUAUUACCACACCCUCUUCACCCACUCCCUGCCCAAGGCUCUGAGGACCCUGGCAGAUGAGGCACCCACCUGUGUGGAUGUCCUGAUGAACUUCCUAGUAGCAUCCGUCACCAAGUUGCCCCCUAUCAAGGUGCCCUAUGGGAUGUGGCAUCAGGAGGCCAGACCGCCUCCACUGGAGCCUGGGGGUCCGGGGCUCAGGCAGGAGCCGCAGCCCGCAGCCCAGAACUGCAUCAACCAGAUGGCGGCAGGGUUCGGCCACAUGCCCCUGGUAUCUUCUCGCCUCCGUCUGGACCCCGUGCUCUUCAAGGACCCGGUGUCCGUGCUGCAUCCUCGCCUCCUCCACGAAGCUGCCUGACCCCCACCCCCGCCCUGGAUCCUCUGCGCUUUCACAGCCGGGUGUGUCCCUUAGUCCCGACGCUAUUCAUGCUGCCUCGCAAGGUACAUCGUCAGGCCCCAGGACUGACCCGGGAGUCCCGGGAGGGCAGGGCCGUGUCCUCGUCUCUCUGGCCUGGCAGGUGCGCCACAAAUAUUUGACGAACAGGUAGACGGAAGUGACAUCAACUACAUGCCUGGCUCUGUGGCGACAGUGGCGGGGGUGUGGACAGGGUGUGCGGAGUGAGACACAAAACUGCACCUCCCACCCCCCACCCCCGGGUUUUUAGUCCGGCCGGAAAGCAGCUUCUCGCAGAAUCCUGGGCGCAGCCCUCGCGCCCCAAUAAUAGAGCAGAGAAGUGCCAGGGAGCCAGUUUCGGGGCUCCCUUCCCUACCUGGCGGAGCACAGUUGGGGGAGGUAUGGGAACGCCGGUGGCCCUGCCGGGCCCGGGCCCGGGCCCCUCGGCUCAGGCACUGCCGUCGUUCUGCAUUACCAGCCUGGACCACUAGUGGUCAGCACCGCGCCGCCCUCCCUCCCCCCGGAAAGGGAAGGAAGCUCGAAACGCCCAUUGGGUGGGAUUAGGGGGAGUGGGGACGUCGGGAUUGGUGGUGCGCAGCUUGAAGUCGGAAAACUGGUUGGCCCACACACUUAGGACUAAGAAGGGGCCAUUUCUAGGUGGGCUGUGUGGGAGCAAGGGAGGUCCUGAGCGACCAGGUGGUGAGAGUGGAGAGGGGGAGGGGACGCUGGGUUCUCCUGGGUUCACCCACCUGGAACUGGAAUGAUCACUUCCGAAAUAAAGCGCGUGUCUUUGCCCCUUU